GUCCGGAUGAUUUUUCAGAUACCAGGCACGAAGAGUAUUCCGUAUACCUCCUCUCGAAGAAGAGCCUCCGCAGUUGCUCAUUAUUCAGAUUUUAAUGAUAAUCCUUGAACCAACACCCAACGAGACGGCGAGUUGGAGUUUGAUCAACAGCUCUAUCAGUUAACUAACUGUUAUCAAACGCCAGUCAGAGAGGCCCAGUCCAAUUCCCCAAAACCCUAGCUCCCGGAAUCGAGCUCCGUCGAUUUACUCUGUAGUCUUGACAGGUUCUCAAGAGCUAGCUAGCCUGGACGGCCCUUUCUUCAACCCUUCGCUCAAGUCCACUCCAUUUCAUUGCAAUAUGGGGUGUACAAAUUUUGCCCUGGCCCUCGGCCGCUUGAAGGCAAGCUCACAUUGGCCACUCCAGGGUAAUUCUAUAAGUUUUUGGGGGCCUGUACAACACGAGGACAAAAUCAUGGCAGAUUGUCGAAUCAUAAAGCGAGACUGCUUGCGAACGGCGGGAUAUUAUUUACUCUGUGCCGUCGAUCAAAGCAUUAACUGCAUGAUUUGCGUUUUUAGAACGCCAUGAAGAUCUAUCAGAUAGGGGAGGGGCAAGCCGAUCAAGAUAAGUGGAGAUGCGAUGGGUGUUAAGAUCUCUGGGGUGCAUCGUGCAUCCAACUAGAAUUCGCCAUACUGCCCAGAGCCUGUGUAAAAAAACCUCUCUUGUCAUGUUUAUUAUUUUUCGGAAUCUAAAAGCCUCCGACCAACGCAGUUGAUACUAAGGCGUUACCUUUCUCUAUCUACACAUUGGUAACUUGCUAUAGGUCUUGGGCAUUUACGUUUUGCUUCGGUUUAACUCCUACUCUUGAGACUAAUCUCACCAAAUCGGCUCGAUUAUCUGCUUCUGCAGGGACUAGUAUCGGCAGCAUCAUAUGCGUUCUGAGCACGGCCCUUCUACCUUUUCUGUUCCAGGCACAGUUCUAUUGUUCUUUGGUUCGCGAGAGGCCAUCAGGUCACCCUCGUCCACACCGUUACUACGGGAUUUUCGUCGGCCCAUGCCGACCGCACCGGAAAAAGAAAAAUAAGCUAAGAGUAAAUUUUUCGUUCACGAUAGCCACUCAUUUGCCCCAUUCUUAUCCCAUCGACCGCUUGUGACCAACGAUUUUCAAAUAAAGCCUGCGGAACACUAGCUCUCUUGAAAAAGCAUCAAAACCUCGGACCGAAACUUGUUUUAGUUUUCUCGCCUUUGAAGAGUGUAAAGGAUCCUCUCAACAAGGGGGCUGAAAUCCGCUGAAUUGUUAUUGUUUGGUCUGACCUCCACUGUUGGAAAAGAUGGAACUACUGAAAUGAGAAGAGUACCUAGGUCCCUAGGUAUCUAAACAGACCUCUUUUCGAAUACAAUGAAGUUAACCUGCAGCAUCCGCAGCUUACUAAACAAUGGCGUGCUCGAGCUUUUCUUCCCUUGGGGUGGGGGCCGCGAACCUCGCAAGAUGUGUGGCCAUUUUGAACGAAAUAGAGAGAUUUUCCCGGUCAACAAUGGCCGCCGCCAUUACCAACCCGAAGGAUGAGUAGAAUAGCCUAAGCUUCUAUCCUAAUCUCCGCGGCUCUCUACCAGUCGACCACCUUCACAUCUCAGCUUCCAUCCAACUGCGCAGAUGAGAAAGUUUAAAACAUCCAACAUCUGGGCUCGACCGAUACUCUGAUAACGACCGACAAAGAAUUUUUCUUACAUCGGGUUUAGGCCCCUGUCUACGAGGAUGAAACAGCUACGGCGUGACCUUUUUGUUCCAGCUACCGUCACCAACUUCUCCGCAGGCAAAAUAUCGAUUGCAUGUCGUUGGUAUACUUGUUUCAAAUCUUUUGGUCAAAGAAGCCACCCUUUAAAAUCGUUUACAUAUUUGGAAGCGGUCUUUUGCCCGAAUGAACGAAAGCGAAAUAUAACAAAAACGAAAUCAAAAGCAUAGCGGAAUUAGCCGAAAUCUAUCCAUAGCCUUGAGGUGAUCGGGCAAUAGUAAGUGCAUAAUGUCAUACAUCCAAACUAACGCAGGUACCCCCCAAUAACGAUAUGGACAGAGGAGUUGGUGCAUUUGACCUCCAUCUUCCAGUUCGUUGCGUACGGAGUCUUCGAACGGAGAUGUAACCCCUAGCGGCUGUGGAAACCCCAGCGAAUUGAAUAUGUUAUACUACUUUGAAACAUUCGCUUUGAAAGAAAGAAUAUCAGGAUGGGUAAAGAAAAACCGGUGUUUGAUGGGGAUCUCCUAGGGGAACACCAGGUCGUCGUAGCUAGAAUUUGACGUUCCAUUCCCUUCAUAUAUCCCUGGAUGAAAGGCGCAGCAAGCGAUAUCGAGGCCCAUUAGCCGUCCCGCUAUCAUUUCCUAAUAUAUCUAGAGCCAAUGCAUUUUUGCAAGAGAAUCGAACUAUACAUGUAUAUCAACACCUACAUAUUUUCGGAGCAUUAUCCGUAGGCAAUAAUUGUGAAGAUAGUGAUGAUGAUGAUGACGAUGAUGAUGACUGCAGCCUUGAACAGUUUUGGAUAUGCGGUGCAGAGUAUAAUCUACCUAUCCGAGGGUGCCAAUAACUACACGCCUUGCCUCGGAGAUUUCCAGCGUCCUAGGUCCGUAUCACCCCCUCGUCUAUCGAUUACGAUCCGGCCCGAAACAAUUUCUGCAGAAAACAGCACCCUCUUCAAAGCUAAAUUCCGAAGAGCGAUACACAACCGUUGCGAGCUAGUCGAUUGCGCUAUACAUAUGCGAAUAAUAGUGAGAAAGGUGUUCAUUUAUCAUAACACAUGUUUGCUCUUGUUUCAUGGCAGGCUUGUAUUGCGGGUGCGGGGGAUGGGACUCAGCGGAGCGUAGGGAUUGCAGUUGGUGUUUUUCUACCCCCCUGGAGAGCCGGAGAAUCGUGAGAUGACGGAGACAGACUUUUUGACCUUGAUAUAUCCUUGGUGAGCUGUAAUAGUUUAGGCAAUCCACGCGUCAUUUUCG